AGGUGCACUACUUAGAAAUAGCAGUUAUUACCACUUUAUAUUAAAGUUUAUCUUAGUACAUGAACCGAAUUUGCCACAAAGCUUACAUAGCAAUGAGUGGUUCAUGCACCUUUAAUCAAGAACGCAAGUCAAUUAAGGUUAUGGGAGCUGUAAUGUCAUCAAAAUUACGAUACGGCUAACAUCUUUUGAAGGCUCUGAUGCCUAUACUUCCACCCUGCUCCCUAUCCUUCUUUUUUUUUUCAGAAAUAUCCUAUCUCAUUCCUAUCGACUUUUAUAUUACUAUUUGUAGUCAUUACAUCACUGAGUUAGAGUGUAUUAGAACUAUGUCUAGAACUUGAUAUAUAUUACAAGGUUACACAUCAAGUCCUGACUAACUUUUAAAUUUUACCUGACUGGGUCCCAAUACCUGUAUUGGCUUCUAUAAGGGCUCUCCCUAAUGCACCUAAUGGACACACUACUCAAGGCGAGACAUGCCCAGUUGUCGUCAUUAUUAGGCGCAAUGACUUGUCAGAGGUGGAUUCGAAGACUCUUUCCACUUCGUUCGCGAAGCCGUUUGCGGAUCAUGCAGUUUCAAGCAUCUGACGGAUUCUCUCAGGUCACAUUUGCUUGUCUUUUUCAGUUUUGGGAUGUCCGGAGGCCAAGCAAAGGAAGAUAUUCACCGAGGAAACACGUUGAAAAACAAGGGGAUGGUCUUUUGAGUAAAGGGAAAGGAGGAUAUAAACUCAAAAGCUGGACAAUGAGCUUCAUCAACAAGACUACUAGUAACAAGACGGACUAAGCAAUACCAACAUCCAAAUAUCAGCCUGCACUUCCUAUUUUGUUAGAAUAAUCCAUUCCUACAUCCACUAAAAAGGGCUAGCAUUGCCAACCAAAGAUGGUAAGAAGACGCCCGUUGCCAGCAGAUAUGAAAUUACCACAAAGUCUCUCAUGGACGGGGCUUUCAAGGGCCCACCAAAGACGAAUAGUCUGUCCGCGUUGAGCAUGUAAGUUAGGUAAUUUAAUAAUCCAAGAGUAAAAGCCUCAAAACAC